AGCAUCAGUCACAGAAUUCUAUUCAUUGCAGAAACCUUUGCCAUGUGUGUCCUGACGAUAGCCUCGACCAUCUUCGCUCUGCUGGCCUUUACUGGAGCAGCCCCCGUUUGCGAGGAGCUUGUCAAACCCCUCCAUGUGGAGGACCUAACUCCGAUGAUGGGGAAGUGGUGGUUCCUGUCGGGCUUCAAUGAUAAUCGGUUGUUCCGAGACAUUCUGAAAGUGGUUAACAGCUCCUGGAUAACUCUGACACCCUCCGGCCAGGCAGAAUCAUUCAUCAUGAGUCACGGCAAUAAGAUCGAUGGGAAAUGUGAAUUCACCACUUCCAAUAUCACCCUCAAAAGAAGUGAAUUGCGUGUGAUACAAAUGUUUGAGGGGCAUCCAGUGAUUACUGAAGUGACCAUCUUGCCAUCUGGCUCGGACUACCUUACCAUGAAAAUGAAUCAUAAAAUGGUGGACAUCAACAUCAGCUCAUUCUACAUCUUUGGGCGUUCAGCUAAGCUGUCGGAGACGGAGCAGCAAGCGUUCCAGAGACAAGCGGAGUGCCUGGGUUACUCCAGCCCAGCCCCAUACACAUACAACGGAGUUACGGAGCUUUGUGACCAGGCUAAGCACAAUCUAAUGUGUGAGCCCCUUAUCAAACAUCAAGAAAUCAAGAACACAACACAGUUGAUGGGGCGGUGGGUGUUCCUGAUGGGGUUCGUAGACCAUAAGAUCUUCCAUGACUUACUGAAGAACGCCAGUAGCGGUUGGAUGGGUUGGACACUUUCCCCCGAGACAGAUACGAUCUCUAUAAGCCAAGGGAAUAGGCUGAAUGGACAGUGCAUGAUCACCAGCAGUAACGGCACCAUCUCGGACAGCGUUUUCCGCGGAUCUGCCAUGUAUGCAGGGCACCUGAUGACCACUGAGGGGUGGUUUUUGCCCUCGGACACAGACAUCCUCGUUAUGUAUAGCAAAAGUCAAAGUGGGGACCAGAACAUCCGGGCACUCUACAUGUUUGGUCGGUCAAGUAAAGCAUCAGCCACAGACUUUUUAAAUGUCCAGAAACAAGCGGAGUGUUUGGGAUGGAUUGGACCAGCCCAUUAUACAUAUGAUGGAGUCACAGAGCUUUGUGAGAAUUCGCCUGAAUCAUCUGGAGACAAGGUUGUGGACUAAUUCAAUCAACUGUUGUGGAAUUAACCUUUCAAAUCAUUUCAGAAAUUUCAUUUGCUCUGUAGAUCUAGCUGGCCACCCUCACAGAAAACCCACAAACCAAUCACAACAGAGGAAUAUGGUUAGUACAGUGUUUAACACAACCAAAGGCUGUGUUGACAUCAUUAGUAUUACACAACACAGACAGUCAUCCUUUGUUUGCAAGAAAUAUGUGAUUGCUGUAUUUCUGAAAGGAUUCAGUUAGAGUUUAAUGUACCAAUUUAAGUUCAAUGUCAAUGCUUGGAAGUGAAGAAAGGAUCCCCAACACACACACAUGCAUGACCUUUAACAAAAAAUAAUAUUCUUAUCCCAGAACAGAUUCCUGCAAGACCAGACAAGGUCUUUGCCAAGCUUGAUGUCUUUAAAAUGUUUGUAAUACCUAAGAUCCGUAGGUCUAUGCUACGAAACUGAAAUCUAACCCACAGAACAUAAACUGCAGUAGCUCCACUAUUUUCCUGUCAAUACACAAAUAAAGCAUGUUAAAAAUC